CAAAGCUGUUAUUGCAGCCAACGGGAUGCAUACAAAAUACUAGCUAGUGGUUUGGUAUAUUUAGUGUAGAAAUAAGCGGGUAUCAUUGCCUGAAUCAGCGAGGGUACCCCGCAUGGAGGUUUUUAUUACCCAUCAUACCACAGUAAGCUGGGUGAGCACACCCAGUCCGAUCUCCGUUUUGAAUCACGGCUGCCUCACCUGGGUAUCAAAGUCGCCUUGUUCCUCUGCUGUUCUCAUCACUGCGGGUUAGUGUGUUUUGUCUCUGAAAUUGAGCCUGUUCCUCCGCCCCACAAUGCCGAGCGAAAAGGGGCUUAUAUCUGUAAGGGACUUCUGUUUCCUGAUCGCAUUGCAAUUCAAUCUUAGAAGCUAAAGUGACCUCCCCAUGGAGAUGGGUCGGGGGUGGUUGUAAACUGUAGAACGGUUUUUGAUGCGUCCCUCUUCCUACCCUUGCUUUCCUCCAGUGAAGGGAAGAUGGAGGUGCCGGCGUCGCUGCAGAUCAGGCGGAAGCCAGUUGCCACUCCGCAACCACCCGUUGGCCCCGUUCCGGACCCGGAAUUCGUCAAAAGGCCGCCCCCACUUCCGGACCGGCCGGCCGGAGACAGACUCCGGCUCGACACGCAGUUGCCAACCAGGCCGGUUUCCCGCGGCGCAGAGCCAUCGCUCCUGCAGGUUCCGGGCCACCGCCUGCGCCCACAAACUAGCAUGCCCGAGCUCUCGCGCUUCGCAACAGACUCUCAGCCGCCCAGCCCAUUUAAUGCUGCUGCGCCAGUGCCUGCCGCGACUUUCGGCCCCGGCAUCAGCGACAGCAAGAAGAGUUUUGUUCAGGCCGCCCUCUCCGAAGCACGCCACUUUGCAGGCGGACUGAUACCGCAUCCGACCGAGUCGACAAAGCACUACACCAUCCUCCGCCACUCGCCGCCGCUGAUCUUCUACCGCGGACCAACCACGUCGGUUGCCAUUACCAUCUUCAGCUCGCCCGAUCAUCCGCUCCCGAAUGACCGCACGCUGUGGCUGCAGCAACGCGGCUUCUCGGGCGACAGCGGGAUGAAGAUCAAGGCUUUCUUCAACGCCACCGACGACUGGCUGCAUGUGACACCCUCGACGCAAGUGCACGUGGACCAGCUGCCCCCAGACACGGAGCGCACCUGGCAGCGGGACAUUGGCAAGGCUGCGAAGAAGUUGCUCAAGGACAAGGGCCACAAGAAGGCCCACGUCCCGCGGGAGACGCAUGUCAUCCGAAUCCCCGAAGCCUCGGACGACGGGUACUUCCGUCUCAUCCUCUGCACCGGCAAGGGCACGCCGUUCGAAAGCAGCGAGAGCAAGUCUCGGUGCAAGACUCUCUGCACCAGUCCCAUCUUCCGCGUCGCCAGCGCCUCGGCAGACUCGAGCGUGUUCCGCGGUGCCUCGCUGAGCACCCUGCCCCUGGAAAUGGGCGUCUUCGUGGCAUCCGUGGUGGCCACGACCGCCGUCGAUAAAUACACAGCCCCAGUCAAAGAACCGGUGCAAGCCGUGCUCGACAAAGUCCGUCCCGGCCUGGUGGCCGAGACUGUCGGCAGCCUCGUCGCGGACGAGUUGAACGAGCGAUCUGCCGAACGGGACGCCGAGCGCGACCGGGCCUUCCACGUUGCCCACCAGGCCCACGUAGCACGCGCCGUCCUCCAGGCAGACAGCAACGCCACGGGCAUCCACGCCAUCGGGCCCGACUCCGGCCCAGAACCGCCGUUCCCGCUCGAGUUCCAGGGCAAGGUCGUCGCCGGCACGGGCCGCAGCCAGGCCGAGCUGGGCAUGCCCACCGCCAACCUGGCCGGCGUGCCCGACGAGAUCCGGUACCGCCUAAAGGGCGUCUACUUUGGCUGGGCGCAGGUCGUGCCGCCCAAGAAGCAACAAGACCCGCGGAACCCCAACCUCGAACCUUACUCCCCUCCAUGGCAAAAAAGGCAGUGGCACGAAGCGAUCAUAACCAUCGCGCCCAGCGCACAUACCCGCCCCUCCGUUCUUCCCAAACCAGAAGUAACAAUCCAUCUCCUCAACUUUACAGUUACAGGCACCACAGGCACCACCGGCACCGGCACAAAUCUCAGCAACAACCACACUACCAGCUCUUCACCCGACCGAUCCCUCCUCCUCGGCCUCACCCUCAAAACGCUAAUAAUGGGUCUCCUCCGACCCAUCCCCCUUCCACCACCACCACCCCUCUUCCCCCCGCACCUCUCUCCUCUUCGCGAAAGGCCGCUAGAUGCCUGCUCACGAGACAUCUGCCUCACCCUGGUGAGCCUCUCAGACGAGCGCGAGAACUGGCGGCCCGGCGCUACCCUUCUGAGACUGAGACAGCAGCAACAGCACGAGGAUGAUGAUGAUGUCCUUGAGAAGGUGAUGGAGGUGGAGGGCCAGGUGAAGAAGGGGAUGGGGAUGGUGCCCGGUAUGGCGCGGGUGCAGACCACCAUCUCGAAGGUGGUGGUGCCGCUGCAGCAUCGGGUGGGCAUUCGCGGGGGUGGGGAGGAGGAUAGGGCAGGGAGGGAUCGGGUUUUGGGGGUUGGUGGGUUCUGGGUUGCUCGGUGAUUCUUUUUCCUUGUUCUUGCUUUUAGGAUAUUACUAACUUGGAAGGGGAAAGAGAGAAGGUAAAGUGAGAGUGGGGAAAGGAGCAGAUUCUACGUAACAGGGGAUGACAGUUGGUGGGCACUCCCAAGGUAGAAGAAGACUUGUUACUCUUUGGGUUAAAGGGGAGUAAUUGUAAUCUAUAAAUCAUUUUCAUUAGUCUGAUAAACAGGUAGCCUGCCUACCGAGCCUACGUAGUAAUUACCUAGACAGCGGCUUAGAUAUCCCAAGCACA